AUGUGCUUGUCAGAAAAGAGCGUUUUUGCAAUAGCUGACAGUGGCGGCGCCAACAAGGGAGGCCGCUCGCUGUCGGAGAUCUUGCGAGAGGUAAAGAAGCCUGAGAUCCGCACAAGUGUUCAGUUCAGAGCUGCACUCCCCGAGAGUACGCAGCAACAGCAGCAACAACAGCACCAACAUCAACAGCAACAACAGCAGCACGCUGUGCCAAGGCCAAGCCCAGUGCCCAUGCCCAUGCCAAUGCCAAUGCCGGUGCCAAUGCCAAUGCCCGUGCCAAUGCCCUUACCAGUGGCCGUCCAUAGUGAUCCACUCCCAGCGCUGUCCGCGUGGAUCAGUUCGGGUCCCGAAGCCGCUAGCAAUGUUAUGCUCCCGAUGGGCUUGCCACUGCCGUCCCGCUCUACCAGUGCGUCGUCGUCGCCGCUUGUCCCCGCCGUACGAAAGGCCCCGCUGCCGAACCGGCCCCCCAGCGCCACGUCCCACGAGUGUUUGGCAUGCGGCAAGACCUUUUCCCGGCCCAGUGCACUCAACACACAUGUGCUGAUCCAUACAGGUCACCAGCCCUACAUUUGCGACGUCCCGAACUGCGGGAAACGCUUCAACGUCAAGAGUAAUCUGAUUCGACACAAGAAAAUUCACGGGAAUUCCCAGCAACAGCCUUGUUCAGACACCGGCGACUCCCACCGAUAUAGCAUUAAUUAG